UGAACAUUCCUUCAUGCUCCAGCGCAGCACCAAGGCUGAGGAGUCUGCAGUCCCGCGUCCCAAGCGCCCAAUUAUGGACUUCCUGGAGGUAGAGGGCGGUUGGAGCCUGUCCUUCUCAGGCUCUGGCUACCUGGGCCUCUACCACGUGGGUGCCACCGAGUGUCUGCGCCAGCGCGCGCCGCGCCUCAUCCAGGGUGCCCGCCGUUUCUACGGCUCUUCCUCGGGCGCGCUCAACGCCCUGAGCAUCAUCUGUGGCAAGUCCGCAGACUUCACCUGCUCCAAUCUCCUGGCCAUGGUGAAACACGUGGAGCGGCUGAGCCUGGGCAUCUUCCAUCCGGCCUAUGGACCCAUUGAGCACAUCAAGAAAAAGCUGCAAGACGACUUACCCGACAACAGCCAUAUUGUGGCCUCCCAGAGGCUGGGCAUCUCCCUGACCCGAUGGCCUGAUGGUCAGAACUUCAUAGUCACUGAUUUUGCCACUCGGGAUGAACUCAUCCAGGCUCUGGUCUGCACCUUGUAUUUUCCCUUUUACUGUGGGACGAUACCCCCGGCAUUCAGAGGGGAGCGCUUCAUUGACGGGGCCCUGAGCAACAACCUGCCCUUCUCCAACUGUCCUACCACCAUCACCGUCUCUCCUUUCAACGGGACAGUGGACAUCUGUCCCCAGAGCACCUCAUCCAGCCUUUUUGAGCUAACUGCCUUCAAUGCCAGUUUCCAGAUCUCUACCAGGAACUUCUUUCUGGGGUUCAAAUCCCUGUUUCCCCCCAAGCCUGAGGUGGUGGCUGACUAUUGCAGACAAGGUUACCUGGAUGCCCUGAGGUUCUUGGAGAGACGGGGACUUACCAAGGAGCCAGUGCUGUGGUCGCUGGUUUCUAAGGAGCCUCCAGCCCUCGUGGAGGGGCCCAGGGGAACUGACCAUAACCAGGGUCAGGAGGCUGGUCUGAUUGUCAGGUGGGACAUCCCCAAUGUGCUGGUAAAGGACGUGCCCAACUUCGAGCUGCUGUCACCGGAGCUGGAGGCUGCAUUGAAAAAGGCAUGCAAGAGAGACUUCUGGGCCCAAAUCCAGUGUUCAGUGCCAGGGAAGGUGCUGACCUACCUGCUUUUGCCCUGUACGCUGCCCUUUGAGUAUGCCUAUUUCCGGAGCAGGAGGCUGAUGCAAUGGUUGCCGGAGGUGCCAGAUGACUUGUAUUGGAUGCAGGGCCUACUGAAGACUACCACCCUCAAGGUCUACUCCAUGGCGAAGUCAUGGCUUCUCAGCUUGGGCAGCCCACUUGUCACCAGUGCAGACGCUGGUCUCCUCUGGCAGCAGCAGGGGACAGCUGCUGCUGGGAACAGGCCCUUGAACCACAGGUUGGCGGAUUGUGCACUGGGCUAGGCCAGCCACAUGUGUGACCCUCUGAACUCUGUCCUUGCCCUCGUCUUGUGUGCUUACGCCUGCUGGAGUGACUCUGGCAGGUGGCCUGUGUUGGAGCAUCCCCCAGGAUCUCUGAGCUCAGCUCCUAACUCAGAGAGGUUGCUGAAUUACUGGCAUAAAGACCUGGCUUCCUGUCCAUGCUGUGUCAUGUGCUUCUUGUGUGGGCAGGUGGUUUCCUGGCACGGAACAAGGGCUCUCUGCAGCUGUUCCUGGGACCUUGAUCCCCCAGGUCCUCUCUGGAAGCUUCUAGCCUACUGUGUGCUCAGGCCACUGCCUUUCUUCUUGUCAGUUUUGUCAGAGAAGAAAAGACAGAACAAGCUAAGACACAUCUCAGUUCCGGGUCUCCAUGUGAGGGACACAGAAGGCAUAGGUGUCUAGCAGACGUGUGUUCUGAGCUAGGCUGGGACUGGAGAUGGUACCCCAAGGCUAUGAUCACGGUACUGACUGCUCUGACAGGGCUCCCCGCCUCCUUUCUCUGAUCCACACUUACCUAAGGGGUUAAUGCCCGUGACAAGUACAGAUGGAAGGUGGUUGGCUGGGGAGUUCAUUCUAGGGGAAAUCCUGGUCAUAGAUGCUUCUCAUGGGGAUGGGGCCUACUGCCACUGCAGCCUGGUUUCUAGGGAAGGUUUCUGGGUGGCACACGUACCAAAGGUCCUCUGGCCUCUCCUCUGUUCUUCCUAUCCCUAAAGAUAGGGUUGGGGACACUCUGCCAAGUGGGGAUGGUACUGUAGAGAAGUGGAGGUGCCGGUGAGAGAAGAGAUUAUGUAAUAAAUGCCGAG